AUGCGCUUCUUCGCUUCCGCCUCCGCUGUCCUGGCCUUUGUUGCCUCAGCCAUUGCCCAGACCCCUGGCUUCAACCCCAUCUUCACUCCCGGCCUCAACCAGGAGGUCCCCGCCGGCGAGAACUUUGAGAUCACCUGGCAGGCCACAGAGCCCUACAAGAAUGCCAACAUCAAGAUCAGCCUGAUCGGUGGCGCCAGCCAGGGCACCCAGCAGCCCAUCCAGGACAUUGCCUCCGGCAUCAAGAACUCUGUCCAGAGCUACAGCUGGGCUGUCGACGCCUCUCUUGGUGCUGACGCCGUCUACGGUCUCGUUAUCUCCCUUGAGAGCGACUCCAACGUCUUCCAGUACUCUACCCCCUUCCAGAUCGCCCAGGCCGAGGUCGACGAGACCGAGGCGGCUAGCACUGAGGCGAGCAAGCCCACCGUCAUCAUGACUACCUCCGAGGGCGUCAAGACCGUCUCCCUGACCUCGUGCCCGCCCACCGAGCCCACCGUGCACACCGAGGCUCCCGUCGUCACCCCCUCCAGCUACCACCACGCCAACACCACCUCCAUCUGGGUCACGUCCACCGUCAAGUGCGCUGCCUGCGAGCACGUCCCCAGCCAGCCUCCCGCCGUUCCCACCACCGAGGUCUACGUGCCCGAGCCAAUCCCGGAGCCUUCCUACUCGGGCGUCAACCCCGUUCCCGUUCCUGAGGAGCCUACCACCACCCCCGUCCCCGUCCCUGGCGCUGCCAACGCCAUGGCCGCCGGUCCUCUCGCCAUCUUCGGUGGUCUCGCUGUCGCCAUGCUCGCUCUGUAA